AAAGACAUUCGAUCUUUUAAGCAUUCUUCAAGAUUAAUUAGAUGGAAAAUUUAGAAGAAAAUAUUCCAGCAAUAGAAAAUCUUUCUACACGAAAUUUGACGAUUACCGAGGAUGAUGGAAAAAAGAUCAAAAAUGAAUCAGACAAUUUGGCAGAAGAAGUUGAUCCUGAGAGUUUGUUACUAGGAAACAACGUUGAUGAAGAGAUACAUUCAAACCAGACAGAUGAUGAAACGGAAAAUUUUUUUGUUGACGAUGUACCAGAACACGAUCAGAACUUUUAUUGGUUUGAUAAUGAAGAAGGAAAUGAAGAUACUGAAAAAUUCUUCUCACAUGAAAUAACGGAUUCGGAUGAAUCUGAACCAAUUAAUUUUUUUGUUCAUGAAAAAUCUGGCAACGGUUCAAGUGAAUUAAGCGAUUCUUCUGCAGAAAAUCUAUUUGGUACUGAAGAAUAUCAUUCAGAUGACGAUCCCGAUAAAUAUUUUAUUAAUGAAGAGGUAGAAAAAGAUAUUAGCGAGAAUUUCAAUGAACAAAUAUCGGAAGAAGAAGCUGAAAAUUUAAUAAUUGACGCAGAAUUCGAAAGAAAAAGUGAUUCAGAGGAUCAAAUUGAUGACUUGGAUUUAAAAAACUCAAAGAAAACAUCAAAAGAAGGAGGCAGUUCACAAACAUCUGAUGGCAUUUUCGAUAUUGAAAAGCGUAUGACACUUUUGAGAGCUCGAAAUGAGUUUAUUUCAAAAUCUCCAAUCAAAUCAACUUCCUCUCCUCGAAAUAUUGUCAAUUCAUAUAAACGUCGAGCAAUGAUUAAACAUAUUCCAGCUUUAAAAGUUUUAAAAGUCUCACACGAUGAAUCUGAAAUCAUUGAAGAAAGUUCAAGUGGAUCAAUUGAUUCAAGAGAGCCUGAAAAUGAUUUAUCAAACUUAAAAGAGAAGCAACAAUCAAACACUAACAUUUUUCUCGAUAACAAACUUGAAAAAUGUGGAACGACAUUAAAGAAAAUAAAAGUUCCGACGAAUCAAGAUUUAAAGAAUUCUUUUGAAGUUUCGAGUACCAUUCCAACAUCAAGUUCUUUUCCAACUCUUAUUCCAUCUUCGGAGAAAGCUUCAAAUUUCCCUAUUCAUCUAUCAAUGCAUUCUAAAUAUCAUCCUACGAUUUAUGCUCAUUUAUCAGUUCAAAAAUCAGUAAAUUCUAAUCAAAAUAAACUGCAAAGUUCGACACAGCAAAUCACAAGAACAACUCCAGCUUUAAGUCAAUCUUCGGCUUCUUCUAUUCAAAUUAAAUCUCAAGCAUCUGAUCAGCCUCAGUCAUUAGUUUCUUCAACAUCAAGUCAACCCAAAACUCGACACUCAGCAUCUGCUCCACCAAGACCUCAAACUUCAUCGUCUUCAUCUUCUGCUCAACCAAGACCUCAAACUCCAACGUCUUCAUCUUUACUUCAUUCCAGACCUCAAGCAUCGGUAUCUGCUCAAUCAAAACCUCAACCUUCAACAUCUGCGCAUUCUUUACCUCCGAGCCAACUUUCAUCUUUGACUCAUCCCAGACCUCAAGCCUGGGUGGUGUCUGCAAAAUAUCAGCCUUCAAAAUUUGAGCAAGCUUUAGCUUCGAGUCAACUUUCAUCUUUAUCUCAAUCUAAACCUCAAUCUUGGGUAUCUGCUCAAUUCAAAAUUCACCAUUCUGCAUCUGAGCAAUCUCCAACGUCUUUUAAACUUUCAAAUGCUGUUCAAGCAAGACAUAAAACAUCAACUUCUGUUCCAUCUUCGAGUCUUUCCAAAUGUCAAUCAACAAGCAAUUCUGACUCUGAGAAGAUAAAGUCAAAAAAUAAUGAAUUACAGACAAAUCGAUCAGUUCACUUGUCUGUGGUUCAGGAAAAGCCAAUAAAAACAACCAAUUUUCCGAAGAAAAUUUCUCCUCUUGUGGUUCGAACGCAAAACUCUCAUCAUGGAAAAUAUGAUUUCAUAAACGAACGAAUAGUUGAUCCGAAAACACAACAAGAUUCAUCAACGACACCAGAAUUAUGUCAAUCUCAUCAUAAUAAUGACUUAAGACCACCACAAACAAAUCCAUUUAUUGUAAGAUCGAAACCUUCUCCAAUGCAGCUGUCUUCAUCAGAUUCUCCGACGUUACAUGACAGAUUUGAGAUUCCAAUACCUAAAAUAAUAACUCCACCUUUUAAGUACACAAUUCCUCAAGAUUUGUUGGCAUCUGAUGAUGAUAAAGUUAUGACCAAAGAACAAAUUACUUUAAAUAACCGCAAAGCAGAUUCAUCAGAAAACUCUUGCAGCACUCCUGAUUUGUUUGUUUUUGACAAUGAGCAUCAACAAGAAGAAGAAGAGGAUGAGGCAGUGAAGAAAGUUCAAAAUGUUAGAAAUCGACGAAAGUCAGCACUGGUACCAAAGAAAGACGAUGGCGAUAUAGAAUUUGAAGAGCCAAGCAUGGAAUUGCCAAUUCGACCUAAGGGAAAUAUUGAACUCAUUGAUAAUCUUGCCAAAUAUCGUGCCUUGGUUCAUAAUCUCCUUAUGAAGUUGAAUAUGCCAUCGAUUGAUUUCAAUGGACUUAGCGAUGAUUACAUAAAUCUUUACAAAAUUUAUCGUCAUUGAUAAUUCGAAAAUUUAUUAAAAAUAAUUUCGCUAGAAAUUUAAAUUUAAAUCAGAAUAUGGAUGAUAAAAAAUUUACUUUUGGUUACAAAGUGCAUUUUGUUAAACUAUCAGAAAGAUUUCUCAUAAAAGCAACAAACUUCGAACGUAAAUUUCUUUUUGUUUCUGAACCUAAAUUAAAUUCUUUCAGGUAAUUGUAUGGAAUCAUUUCAUCGACGUAUUUGCCUUUUCGGAUAGCAUUCCAUAAGCAUGCAACUUCAAUCGGAUUGAGUUCCUUAGGCUCUUCAGCAGAGUCUUCUGACGAGUCAUCUAAAAGAGUUCUAACAAGAUCAUCUUCAAAAUCUUUAAUGUAUUUUGGAGUCAAAUAAGUGCAAUUAAUCUUUGUUGUAUCGAGAUUCUUCGGAUUCAUUUUCAAGUUAUAAAUCUCAAGAUCGAUGAGUCUCUUCUCAAUUAUGUACUUCCGUAUGCAAUAAUCUUCUUUAUGAGACGCUUCCUCUUCCUCAACUGCAGAGCUAUCAACUUCCAGCAGGUCAUCGAAAUAUAAUCCAAAGUUUUUCUCACUUUUACAUCUUAAGAAUGCAUCGAACGUUGCCCUCGUUACUUUUGAUUGAGCUUCUUGUAUUUUCUUCUCUCUAUCCACAAUGUUAUCUGAUGUUUCAUAAACAUACACAACAAGAAGAUUGUUGGAAAAGUCGGUUUUCGAUAAAUUCUCUAUUACGCAAUCAACUUCCUUCUUCAUGUUUUUAUCACUCAUUACUUCAAGCUUAACGCUGUCCAUAAUAUGACUUUUUGUCACUUGUACAACCGUUGUACACAAAGGAUUCAAUGGUCUAUCCGAUCCCAAAUUACUCUCAAUUAAUCCUUUGCUCUUAAGAUAAUCAGCGAUACAUGAACUUGUCUCACGACCACCACCAGAUCGCCCUUCACU